CAUUGUUUUGAGAUUUAAAUUUAAAUCUUGACUUCAUGUUGUAAUCCACUGUCACAUGAAAUAAUGGCAUUGUGGGGCCAUGCAUUUCAGAACCGCAUCAAAUUUUUUGUUCACUUUUAUUUCAGUGUCUUGUAUUCUUCAGGGCGUUCUUGUUGCAUAAAUUCUUGUAGUUAGUUUCCUGGUGAAGUGUUCAUCUUCCAGUUUUGAGUAUUACAUUUUUGAUAGGACAUUAUUAUAGCACCAGUAAACUGACCCACUUUUACUUGAUAAUCCAUAUCUAAGGAACAUAGUUUCUCCAUAAACCAUAUAACUAUUAUGUUAUUGCCUCACUGACCUUUUUCCUUUUUGCAUGCUAGUUUGCUAAUAACUUCAACAGGGCACAUUAAGGUGACUGAUUUUGGAAUGUGUAAAAUUGGAGCAAUGAAUUCCACUACUGAUAUAGAGAAAAUUGCGUGUGAAUUCCAGGAUGGAGAGAUGUGUGGAACCCCAGAAUAUAUGGCCCCUGAAGUCAUUUUACAACUUGGAUAUGGAAAGCCAGUAGAUUGGUGGGCCAUGGGCAUUAUUUUCUAUGAGAUCUUUCUUGGCUUCUUUCCAUUCUGUGGUGCUUCCCAUGAUGAGACAUUAUUAAAAGUUAUCGCUGAUGGUAUCCCUUGGCCAAAUCGCCGUUUGCCAGCAAGUGUCAAAGAUAUGAUUGAAAAAUUGUUAAAAAAAGAUCCAGUGGAACGACUGGGCACAACUGGAGCACAUGAGGUGAAGCAGCAUCCCUUCUUAAAGAAUCUGGAGUGGAAUAGACUACAGGAGGAAAAGCCAGAGCUUGCUUUAGAUCUGUUAUGUAAGGAGAGAAGCUACUUUCAUGCCCGUACAGCUCCUAUAUGUGAUGACCAGUAUGAAGAAGAAAGUUUCACUGAAGAACCAUACAUGAAAAUCAGCAAUUUUAAUUGCUGCUCUCCUCAAUUUUAUCAGGCUGAACAGAAGAACAGGAUGCAGAAUACAGCACAUUGAAUUUAAGAACACUAGACAUUUGUUUUUGUUAAAAAUUUGUAAAUGUUUGUUUGUGAAAGUUUGUAAAU